UAUAAAGUCGGAAAUUUUUAUCAAAACCUGUCAAAAUAUACAAAUUUAACGUCAAAUAUGUUAUUAAUAUCAUGACAAAUGAGAUCAGUUUACGUACAAACAAAAGCGAAUAUAACAGUGGAGAACACAUUUAUGGAGUUGUAUAUUUGAGAAUCAACACUCCGACACGAGGGAGAGGGGUUAGAAUUCGAUUUAAGGGCUACGAAAAAUUUGAAUAUGUGGACAAGACGACCUUCGUGAAUGAACAUCCUGUAUGUUACAGAGAUCACAGGGAUUAUAUCAUUAUCAAUGAAGCUCUUCUGGAGUCAGAUGGGCCGCUGAGCAUGUGUAUAACAUACUUCCCAUUCAAAAUCUUACUGCCUAUUGAAAUACCUGGUACAUUUCAUGCCCAUGACGAGACAGAUGAGAAAAAAUGGGAUGCUAAAGUGGAAUAUCUCCUUGAAGCCGAGGUCAUUGGUGCCAGUAGAUCAUUAGCGGUGCUUACAGUAGUAACCAUACUGCAGCCACUGCCAGAAUCAUGCCGAUAUUUAGGGCAACCUGUAGCCUGUCACACCUUUCAUCCAGCCAGAUACCUCAUAUUUUUUAAACGGAAUGUCCAUAUUACAGCAAGACUUCAUGAUCACAUUCACAGAACAGGAGAAAAUGCAAAACUCCGGGUAAUAAUGACAAACAACUCGAGUGUUAUUGUACAGUCAAUUAAAAUACAGUUACUGCGCUCAAUUACGCUCCUAUAUAGAGGUGAGGAUAAAGUGACUGUCGAUGUAGAAGUCAAAGAAAAGGUUGGACGAGAACAAACUGUUGAUAUGGUCAGAUUUCCAAAGGGGUUGGACAAUAUCCAGAUACCAUUAAAAGAUACCAACAAUAGACCAGUUUAUCCAUCUGUGAGAGGUCAACAUAUGAAAUGUGAGUAUGAAGUGCUGGUGACUGUAUUCCUGAGCAACGGUGAUACAUUUGAUCUCAAUGUUCCUAUAUCUGUGAUAGUUGCUGAAAAAAAUAAACAGUGGGGUUCAUGGAUACAGCCGGGUUGGGUUACAAAUGACGCACCAAAUAUACAACUCAUUGAAGACAGUGUUCUAAGGGUACCUGAAAAUAUUCUUUCCAGCGAAGCAUUUUCAAGUUUACCUGGUUUUCAGCCGUUAUGAUAUCAACUAGUCAAAGAUGUCACCAAUAUUUUCCUGUAAGAGUGUAUACAGGCCUAUUGUAUUUGCCAGUAUGUUACAUGUCUGGUUGUGUUUUGGCCAAAUUGCAAAUGGAUUUCAUUUCUCGAUAUGCUUGCUAAGCCAGUGUCUAGUGUACUUCUUACAAUGAAGACUGUGCUUGAUUGAUAAGUGAUGAACAAAAACAAAACGAGUUCAUAGGUACAUGGCAACAACUCACAAACUUUAAGAACAAUAAUGCUGUUUUCCAUUGUAGUUUAAACAUAUUUUUUUCAUACUGAUCGUAGAGAAAGUUUUAACAACUUUAUUGAUUAUGCAGUGACAGUGUGCUGGAUUUUUAACCAGUACUUUUUGCCUAAGAUAACUGACUAGAUUCACAUUCAUGACAGGAGAGUUGGGAGUCAAAUGUUCUACCACUGCAUAUUUCAUUACGAUUGCAGUAUAGAAUGAACAGUGUAAUUUAUUACAAUUACACAGUUCUGUGUUCUCCAAAACAAUUUGUAUGAAGUUGUUUUUUUCAAAUUAAGAUGUUUGCCAGAUGCUUUAUAUUUUCAUGGCAUUUAUUAAUAAUCUUCACAUAGUGCAAUACAGGUACCUAUAUUUUCAAUCAAAA